AAUCAUGGAGAUGAAUGGUUUAUAUUUGUUCUCACUAACCCACCAAUAUCUUUAGCCAUAUACAUUUCACCUGGAAAACUCGCUCUGUCCUUGUAUAUCUGAUUGGUUCUUUUGAUAUUUGGAACUUCCAUUCAGAAACAAGUUUGAUUUUUUAAAAAAGAAAUCGCAAAAAGAAACAAAAGUGCAAGCUUUUUUUGGUGCGUUUUUCAUAAGUUUUGUUGAUUGCUGUUCGUCUACGAGAUUUAUAGCUUGAAAGAAAACAAAAACUUGAGAUUUCAGACUUUGUUCGAAAAAGAAACUCAAAAGAAACUCGAGAUUUUGAAGACUUAGGUCCUACUUAUUGAUCAUGCUUAUUCGUCCUUGGAUUUCUCGUGUGCAGCCCUCUUUGAAAAGCAGCGUUCGCUCCAUUCACUCUAUUUCCUCGGCGAGACCUUUUUCUAGAGCUUUGUCUUGGAAAGCAUGUCGCUCUCAAACGAAAAACUCAUUUACCAAGGUUUUGGCCUGCAACUCCUUUUCCACCAGUACUCCCGGCAGAUCUUCUCCUGUUAGUGCUUUUUACGUUCCUUCCUUCAACUUGUUUGGAAAAGGUAGUCUUGUCGAGGGUGCGAAUCAAAUCAAAUUGAGCGGCUACAAGAAAAUUCUUAUUGUAACUGACCCUGGUAUCAUUAAAAUUGGUCUUUGCGAUAGAGUCAAAACACUGUUGGAAGAACGUGGAUCUACUGUCCACAUUUACAAUGGUGUGCAACCCAACCCAACAGUAACCAAUGUUACGGAUGGAUUAAAGCUCAUUAAGGAAUUCGGCUGUGAUUCUAUUGUUUCUAUCGGUGGCGGUUCCGCUCACGACUGUGCCAAAGGAAUUGCUUUGCUUGCUACAAACGGCGGUAAAAUUGCAGACUAUGAAGGCGUUGAUAAAUCAUUGAAGCCUCAAUUACCCUUGGUUUCCAUCAACACCACGGCCGGAACCGCUAGUGAAAUGACUCGCUUUGCUAUUAUCACCGAAGAAACUCGACACAUAAAAAUGGCAAUCAUUGACAAGCAUACAAUGCCUAUUCUCUCCAUCAAUGAUCCUGAAACCAUGUACGGACUUCCCCCUGCUUUAACCGCCGCUACCGGCAUGGAUGCUUUGACCCACGCUGUUGAGGCAUAUGUCUCAACUGCUGCAAACCCAAUUACCGAUGCUUGUGCCCUCAAGUGUGUAGAACUCGUUGGCCAGUAUCUUAAGCGCGCCGUCGACAAUGGCAGAGACGAAAAAGCUCGUAAACAGAUGGCUUAUGCACAAUUCUUAGGUGGUAUGGCUUUUAACAAUGCUUCUUUGGGUUAUGUUCACGCCAUGGCUCAUCAACUGGGUGGAUUCUAUAAUAUUCCCCACGGUAUCUGCAAUGCCGUUUUGCUUCCCCACGUUCAGUUGUUUAACUCCAAGGAUGCCCGAGCCGCUUCUCGUUUGGGUGAUGUUGCACUUCAACUCGGCUGCAAAGAACAUACAGCCCAAGCUGCUAUCAAGAAGAUUCGGGAUUUGAAUGAGCAAUUGGGCAUCAAGCCCUAUCUCAAGUCUUUGGGCGUCUUUGAAAAAGACUUUGAAUUACUUUCUAAAAAUGCUAUGAAUGAUGCUUGUGGUGCUACUAACCCCAUUCAACCUACUCUGGAUGAAGUCAAGUCCAUCUUUGCUGCUGCCUACUAGACAAAACCUCCUUUCAUUUUUAGACCCAGGAUUUUCCUUUUUCUCUCAUUCAUUCGCCGUUUGCGUUGUUUUUAAGGCAUCCAACUCUCUCUUGCUCUUUUUAUCCUCUCUCUUUGUAGAUAUGUCAAACCAGUUGUCCCUUUAAUUUUUUCAACCUUACAGUGUAUAUACUGUUUUUCAAUAUUUCCCACAAUUAGCGAUAAUACUUUUAUUCCACUUUAUCUACUCAUUGUUUUUAUUCCUGUGCAUUCUCUAGUAUUCGAUCGUUUUUUCUUUUGAGAAAUUGCCAAUUUCUAGCAACAUCCAAAACUAAGCAAUCUAAUUUUAUUUUAUUUUUUUGUUAAGAAAAAAUUAAACAUGUAAACAAGUAAAUAAACACAUCAAAGUAUUCGCCAAAG